UUGCUAUUGCUUAGAGGCCUCCCGCAGGCGGUGACCCGACCCACCCUUCUUCUUUCCAAUCUGGCAUCCGGGGUCUCAAAAAAUUCUCUUCCGUCCUUCUGCCCUCAAAGCCCCGCGAUUGAGACGUGAGCCACCCGUUCGACGGAAGUCCGGCCGGCGGCGCGCGGCGGAGGAGGCGGCGGAGAUGGUGUCGUUCCUGAGGGCGCUGCUGUACGGGGCGGGGGGUGUGGUGGUGGUGGGGGUGGCGACGCUGGUGGCGUUCCAGGAGAAGCUCGUCUACGUGCCGGUGCUCCCGGGACUCCCCCGGUCCUACCCCAUGACCCCCGCCCGCCUUCGUCUGGAUUAUGAGGACGUCUGGAUCCGCUCCUCCGACGGCGUCCGCCUCCACUCCUGGUUCGUCAAGCACGAUCCCCCAGUACGAGGUCCAACGAUUCUCUUCUUCCAAGAAAAUGCUGGCAAUAUUGCUCACCGUCUUGAAUUUGUCCGUGUGAUGAUGCAGAGACUGCAUUGCAAUGUGUUUAUGCUUUCUUAUAGAGGGUAUGGGGAAAGUGAUGGUUACCCAUCUCAGCAUGGUAUUAUAAAGGACGCUCAGGCAGCACUAGAUCAUCUAACUCAGAGGAAUGAUAUCGAUGCAUCCAGAAUAGUUGUUUUUGGGAGAUCUUUAGGAGGUGCAGUUGGAACGGUGCUUGCAAAAAAUAAUCCUGAUAAGGUUUCUGCUAUCAUAUUGGAGAAUACUUUCACCUCUAUAUUGGACAUGGCUGGUAUUAUGAUGCCCUUCCUAAAAUGGUUCAUAGGUGGCAGUGCGUCAAGAGGUCCAAAGGUUCUCAAUUGUCUUGUAAGCUCACCAUGGAGUACCAUUGAUAUCAUUGGGCUGAUCAAACAACCUAUGCUGUUCCUAUCUGGGUUGCAAGAUGAGUUAGUUCCUCCAUCUCAUAUGCAGAUGCUGUAUUCUAAGGCAGUAGAACAUAAUAGAAAUUGUAGAUUUGUUGAUUUUCCAACUGGCAUGCACAUGGACACUUGGUUUUCUGGUGGAGAUCGGUAUUGGAGAAAUAUUCAGUUAUUCUUGGAUCAGUAUGUUCCAGAGAUACAGCAAUGCAAAUCAAGCUGCAAAGUCGAUGACGAUGACGAUGACAAUGCAGUUAAAUCUAUCAAUGGGAGUGACAACCAGUCUCAAUGUGCAGCGCAUUCAGUCAAAUUUGCUAGUCUUUCCCAGUGCAACGUCCAGAAGAUGCCAAAGAUGUAAAUUUGUCUAACUGGUUCCAUUAUAGUGACACACAUUCUCUAUAUGAAAUAAGAUGAAAAGAUUGAUGUUCUUGAGAUGAAUGUAUUUCUAACUCGGUAGUUACACAGGUUAGAUAUUUAUACAUAGUCUACAGGGUCAAUUAUUUCUGGCGUUGUGAUUGCUUUUCUUUUUCUUUUGCAUUCAACAUAAUUUGUAAAAUUACCUAAUAUCUUGAUUGUUAAAAAAAUAAUAGUUUUGCAAAUAUGUGAUGCUUGAGCAUA